AAAUUUUUACUUGCAAAUUUAAUAUAUUUAUUAGCUAAGAAUAUUAGUCAGUCAAAAUUAAGCAAAGAUUUAUUAUAGAAUUAUUUUUUAUUUGUAAAUAAUAUGAUACCAUCUAAUGGAUAUAAUUAAGGAUCUAAUUUUGUACAAGCAUAUGUUGAACAAUAAAAAAAUGAAUUGUAAAAUUAAGAAACUUUUGAGCUUAAGAUACCAAAAAUAAACAGGGAAAAUAAACAAAAAAAGCAGCAAUAAUCGGAAUAAGAAAAUUUUAAAAGAAAGUUUGACUCAUUGAUGAAAAUAACAUUUUUAAAUUUGAAUGAAUUAGUUUUUACAAGAUUAAAAUAUGGAUUCAAAUAAAUAAAGUAGUAUUAAAACAAAUCAUUGCUCAAUAAAACUGAAUAAUGUGCUAAAAAAUGUAGAUAAAUUUAAAUAUUAAUAAAUGCUUUGAAAAAAUAUGAAAUGCGUGUAAUUCUUUAGAAUGCUUGUAUGGAUAUGCCCUUUAAUUUAGAACAAUUAAAAUAUUUAAAAAUAUUGGAACCAAAAACUCUAUUAGUUAAAGUGGUAUUUUUAAAAAUGAAGUUUAUUUUUUAUGAAAAAACAAAAUCCAAUUACUAAAUAUAAUACCUUAUAAAAAAAGAAAAAGAGUUUGCAUCUCUAUUGAUAUAUAAAAUAUUAGAUUAUAAAAUAAGGAGAUCUAUGUAAUUUGGCAUAAAUAGAAUAUUAGAGAAAGUAUAUAAAAACAAUUAAAUGGCUAUAAUAGUUUGUUCUAAAGCUAAAAAUAUCACUUAAUAAAAAUUUGCAUAAAAUUUAUGUAAAGCUUUAAGAGCAUUAUUUCAAGCAAAAAUAAAGAGUUCAUUUACCAAGCUAAAAGAAUAAUCUAUGCAAGAGUUUAGGACGAAAAAUUUGAUUCAAUUAAAAGUUAAGGAAUAUCUUCUUAAAGCAGCAGCACUAAGCAAGACUCUGAAGUCUCUUAUCAAAAGCAAAUAAUCCUAUUCAUUCUAAAAAAUGAAAUAGCUACAAGAAAAAUAUGAAGAGAAAUAAAUUUAGAAUAAUAUUAUCUAAUUUGAAGAGAAAUUUGAUCAUGUUAUCAAGGAUUAAGAAGCAUAAAUUGACAUGAGCAUUAUAAAAACACAGGCGCUUGCAAACUAAGAAGCUGAAAACAAAUUAUUAAGAGCAAAAGAAAAAUAUAUUAAAACAUUAACCAUUAUCAGACGUUGCAGGUUUUUGUAGAUAGUAUCAAAAUAUUUAUAAAAAAGAAAACAGAAGUGCUUUAUAUAAUUUUAGAAUAACACAAUUAUAAAAAUGAUUUAAAAGAUGUCUAAACUAAAAGAGUAAUUAAUGGAUAAAAUAAAUGAUAUUAACUUGAAUCUAGAAUGUUAAAGUGAAUAAGAAAGAAAUGAUAAUUGGAUCAUUGACUACAACAAAUAUUUGCACUUGAGACGAUAAGAAUAUUAAACUGCAAUUUAAGAGGCAUAAGUUUAUCUAUAAAAUGAAGAACAAGACUUUUUAUUGACGAUACAAUAAAUGGAUUAGCAGUUAGAUUAAGAUCCUAUUGAAACUCAUAUUUACCAAUCUGAAAUUAAUCCUUAGACACUUUAAAGUUUUCAUAAUUUAUCUAUGUAACAAAAUGAUUUGAGUAUCCAAAAUGCGAAUAAUAAUUUAUCAAGUUAAAAUAAUAUUGCAAUAAACUCUUGA